GGCUGCGACCGCGCUGGAAGGAAGGCUGGGCAGACAGGACGCUGCUAGAACCGGCGAGCACCCUCCCGUAGCGGCGCCGGGUCACACCUGGCCGGCCGCACCGCCACUUCCAGCCCCGCGUCCUUCCCCUUCCUUUCCCACGGCCGCCUAACUGCCCGUCGAAGUGUUUCUUGUCGUGAAACAGAAGAUUAACCGAGGCGAUGGCCAGACAAGAACCUCAAGAGAGAAACUAUGACAAUAUGCUGAAGAUGAUAGAGGACCUGAACAGAGACCUAGAAAAACUUCUGGAGGAAAUGGAAAAACUGACAGCCAAGAUUUCUGGCUUGGUAGUAUUUCUUGUGUUUAUAGUUCAGGCAACCUGGAUGGCAUAUGACAUGGUAGUAAUGCGUACCAACCCUGACCUGACCAAUUCCAUGAGGCGCUUGGAAGAGGCCUUCCUGAACUGCAGAGAAGAAAUGGAGAAAAAAUGGCAAGAAGUGCUAAGAGAAUCUAAAGGUGAAGAGCAAAAAAAGGAAUAAGUUGAAUUUAGUCAUGCUGGCAGAACUGUAUCGCUUGGAAAGUCUCCAGUUUUUUUGUAUUCCAGGCAUGGAGUUUUCACAAACACCAUGGAAUUGCUGUUCACCUUACUAAGAACUAUGCAUGUGUUUACAUUUAUGGAAAUAUUUUUAUGAUAUAUUAAUAUUGUUGAAGAUAAAAGGUAACUAUGUUUCUAAUUUUUAUUAUGCUCACCUUAUAUAGUGUAUGUGCAUACAGAACUUAAGAUGC